AUGCUGUGUGAUGACACAAAAAAGAGAAAUUACUCAUCUUUAGCCAUAAAAAGUCUUAAAUCUCUUACAUACAAUCAUGAAAAAAUGCCAAAUUGCAUUCCACGACAAGCUGCCAAUCACAAUUAAAUAUACGUAGCAUGGCAUCCCCAUAUAAUACGAUUGCAUCAGGUUGGUUACUAAAUAAAUUGAUAAAAAUGUGUGCUGGGUAAGUUAUCAUAAUUCUACUAAACCACAAUCAGAAAUUCUUGGUUAAGUAGGAGACUCUGAAUAUGUACCGGCCAAACAGUAAGCAGUCGUCCCGAAGAGAGCACUACAUACAAACAUAACACUUAUGCACUUAUUUGCAUAGUUCUUCAUAUGUGACAUUUUAUUUUAUAAGGUCUCAACUGAAUAAUUGAGUAGGUUUUUUUGGACGGGUGCCCCAUGGGUCGGUACCAACCUGACACCGUUUGAAUCAUGAAUAUGGAAGUUGCAGCAAUCCCGAUUUUUGCGUGGCGUUGACUUGAAAGAAUUCAACGUGAGUAUUAUUUAUCAGGUUUUUUCCUUGAGCGGGUCGUGAAUUUUCUUCUCAUCCUCUCAACAAUGAUAAUAAUCAAGUCAAAAGGUGAAGCAUGUAAUAAAAGCAAUGAGAUACCGAGACAGAAAUAGCCGAGAUAAGGACCAGCGUCCUUUCUUAGCGUGGCGUGUCUUCCUCAAGUAUCACCAAAAUGCUCCCAACUCUGGUCAAUUUCGUGCAGGAGACUCCAUACAGCCUCAUUCGAGAGAAAUUUUGAAUAUUAAUCUGCACGACGACGAGUCUGAACAUGAAGAUGAGGAAAGUCUUCCAAAUUUGGAUAAGUGGAAAGUCAGACAUGCUAAAGAUUGGGUGAAAGAGUUCAACAUGUUGACACAACAUACGGGUAAAAACGUCCGGAAUAAGUACUCAGCAUACCUCACUGCAAUAUUAGACGCAACGUCCAUGACAUUACCAUUUACACCAGAAAGUGAGUUUGUCGAGGAGGUGACAAUUACAGAGGAGGACGAAGGGAUUGUGUCUGAAGUGUGGGCAUCUAGACAACGAAAGAGAAGCGGGGAUCACACGAGGUACGCCGUAACAUGCCCUGGUUGUCGUACAGAGGACGGAACUCUAGGGAUGACACGUGUUUUUCAAAAUUGUCUCCAAUUCCAAGAACACUACAUAUCUACCCACACAAAUCAACCAUCAUACAAAUGCAAAGUGGAAAAUUGUGGUGUUGGUUUCACCCGUUUUAGAGAUGGAGUCACACAUGUUCAAAACGUCCACCAAAUCUUGAACAAAUUUUGUUGUACGUGCUGUGAGAAGAGGUUUUCAUGCAAAGGCAACCUAACGAGACACAAAGCAGCCGGACACGCCAAACCUCCAAAUAAUAAGUUGCUCAAGAGAGUCGGAGCCGAAAUUAAAUAUCGUAGUUUGGAAGAGAAGGAUUACAUACUUGAAUCGGACGGUUUGGGAGGAGUGUUCCAGCUCUACUUCAUGAUUUGGAGAAAAAAGGACGCAGUAGCAAAAUUGCAGUUGGGAUGACCUCGUUUGGAGACAUAAAAAUUGCUGCAAAAAACAUUACCGACUACAUCUCCCGCAUGACUGAUGACACAACUAGUGCAUGCAGUGUCAGGCAUUUAUACAAGCGGGGAUAUAGAUGUGAUGCCGAAAAUGAUGCUUUUGGAUUCAACAUUUUCGCACAUGGAUUUCAUCUUGCUCAAGAUAUCAAGUUUUGGCUCCGUCUGGAGUUGGACGCGUACUGUGUCCACAAGCCUCCAGAAGUUAUCGCCAAGCUGGAUGUCAUUAGUCAGGAGCUGGAGAAAAAAAUUAUGAAAGUCGUCUCAAAAAUGCCAACCAAGACCAAGGAACGUGUCGAAUCCCGGGAUGGACCAGUAGCCCCCAAGAAACCCAAACUCUCCGCCUAAACCUUUGAUUUUUUUUACACUGAUUACUAUGAAUUUUAUAUUAUUAUUAUUUACUGAUUUACGUAACCAUUAUCCAAUCAAUUAAUGUCUGAUGUUUGUUCAGAGUAUUUAUAUUCGUUUAAAUAAAUUCAGA